AUGGCCUUUUCUUCUGCCAUGUUCAGUGCAGAAGCAGAGAGGAUUCUUGAAAAUGCCAAAGAAAGACUAACUCACAUGGAAGGAAAUCUCUCCAAAGCCCGAAAGUCUAUUGGCCUCUGCCUGUCUGCAACAUCAACAACUGCCAAUGCGACAAAAGCAAACUGUUAUCCCAAGGCAACAUUAGAAGUUGGGCGCCGCGCGCAUUCAAGUCUCGCCGGCACUCUGCUGCACCGACAAUUCUCUGAUGAUUUUAACAACAGCAAUUUGCGGGACGUGCAGGAAUCAAACAACUCGUCCAACUACUCUGGAUCUCCAGGGCGACCCCCGGAAACGGAGGUCAAGCACUACAGACCUUUCAGUGCCCUCGCCUCCGCCAGCGGUUGUACCACGGAGACGGUCAGGACAGGCCCAUCGGAUUGGGGUGAUCUAAAUCGUGACCAUGAACGUUCCCACCGCUUCUCAACAUCCCUACAUCACCCUCAUUUGUCAGCUCUUACGACGAAGGACUGUCGCGAGCCAUUUUCUGCUCGUUCGCAACCAAUAACGCUUACGAGCAAGGCUCGAUUGGCGGACCGAGGCGAGAGGUUGGCUUUUCUAGAAGACUUCAAUAAUCCUUAUGCCUCGAAUCCGCCUUCUCGCAGCCAAUCUCAAUUCGAAAUACGCGGCCUGCAGGAUCAGAUGCACGGUCUGAGAACAAAAUUAUCCACCUUGAAAGAUAAAACUCUUGAAGACCAGACAAGGAGGCAUAGUCUGCAGAACUUCGCGGAAUCUGGAUGCUAUUUCGCCACUCCCGGAUCACCCCAAGAAUUUUCAGAACAGCCAACCGGCGGUGAGGUUGCCAGGUGCAAUGCAGGAACAGAUCAUGAGCAAGAAGAUCCAGCGCUUCUGCAUGUAUCGGAAAAAAACAAAAAUUGCCAGCCAGAAAGCGCCUAUGAUGACGCUCUAUCACCGGACGAAUUCCAGCAAGUUGAUCCAGACGAUUUCGCCGGAACAAUCUCACCUAGAAGUUGGGUUUAUACAAAGAAAACAGAGAAAGUCAGAGAACUUGUACCUAUUCUGCCGGUAGUUGAAACGCUUCCCCAUGAAGAUCGUGUGGAUGCCUUUGAUUAUGAGCGAUUUAUCCUUCACAGUGCCCUUGGCAACUAUGACGGGUCUAAAUCCUGCCGCCAAAGCUAUAGCUCAACUGAAUCUAGGGAAACCACAAAACCUCAUCCUCAUGACAGUGACUACCCAGACUAUGAAACGGCAAAAUACUAUUCCAGCAGUAACAGUUCUAGCCCCGUAUCAACAAUGGUUACUACACUUGGAACAUCAACUGAAGGGAGUGAUCCCGAUGACUCUGAACAACACAGGAGUGAUGACAUCAGCCCUCCACCGUAUUGGAAGUGGGAAAACACUGACUUUAAAAUGAUAGAAGAAGACAUGCCUCCUCGCACACGACUUUCAUCUAUCACAUGCAACCGUUCUCCAUUCCCGGAUCUUGAGAAACACUCUGAAACCGACACCCGUACUGAAAUUAAUUCAGCCUCUGCCGAUAUUUCCAAAACCAACAACCCUCGUUCAACGGCACCUGCCGCUGAUGGCACCUUUUUUCUACUUAAAUCUCUUUUGGAACAUACUGCCGAUAGACCCAAUUGCGAAAUCCAGAACAUGCUUUUCCACGAAGAUGCCAAACUAAUGCGGCUCGUUUUUCAUUCUCUUGGUCGUGUUGGCCUUCAAUUAGGUAGUGCUUCGGCUGCUAGUAAAGCACAUUGUGAUGAGGCAACCGCUAGUCUACUAAGGAAUCGACUAGAUACUGCACUCCGUGUUUUGGAGGGCGAACUUGAUAUUUAA